CAAUAACAUCAGUCGAACAGCGGCUUUACAUCGCAUCGAUAGCUUUCGAACUUUAUAAUAGCGUAUUUUAACACGUGCAAAGUGAUUACUGUUAUGUUAGCGAUUAAGUUGUGGCCAGGCAAUCCGCUAGUCUCUAGUGACGCUGAAAACUACGAUUGGAAACGGAGAUUUCACGGAGGGAUUAUUGUUAUUGUGACCAAGUGAAUCAGUGCCAUUGUGUUUAAGGUUGACCACAUUAAUUAGUUAUAGAAGUGAACAUGGUUGAGAAGGAUGACCACACGCAUACCGGCGACAGUGGUGGAACUUCAAGAAUUUCUACUAUGAAACGAAAAAAGAUUGACAACCGUAUUCGAGUCUUGAUUGAAAAUGGAGUAGCUUUGAAACACCGUGGGAUGUUCGUGGUUGUAGGCCAAAAAGCGCGCGAUCAGGUUGUAUUUCUUCACCAUAUGCUGAGCAAAAGCAUAGUCAAAGCCCGGCCAUCGGUGCUGUGGUGCUACAAGAAGAACCUUGGCUUCACCACACAUCGACAAAAGCGGAUGAAGGAAAUCCAACGCAGGGUUCGUAGCGGCACCCUGGAUGUAAACGAGCAGGACCCGUUCGAGCUGUUCGUCGCGUCUACACAGAUACGGUAUACGUACUACAAUGAAACGCACAAGAUUCUUGGACAAACCUUCGGCAUGCUAGUCCUGCAAGACUUCGAGGCGAUCACACCGAACAUCCUCGCUCGAACAGUGGAGACUGUUGAGGGCGGUGGCCUCAUUUGUAUCCUGCUUCAUAGCAUCAAUUCUCUCAAACAGCUUUACACGAUGACCAUGGACGUACACUCGAGAUACCGCACUGAAGUCCAUACUCGCGUAGUGAACAGGUUUAACGAGAGAUUUCUCCUUUCCCUGGCCGAUCAUACCACAUGUCUUGUGGUUGAUGACAAACUGAACAUUUUACCAUUAUCUUCACGUGCUGCCGAAGUUUCUCCAGUGAUUCCUGCGAACGAUAACGAAGAAAAUUCGGAGUUAACGGAACUAAAGGCAUCUCUUGCGAACUCACCUGUAUCGUCAAUCGCUGUACAGUGUGCAACUACGUCCCAAAUUCAGGCUCUCAUACUGAUGCUUGACGUUCUAGCUCAAAAGAGUUCUCGAGCAACAGUGGCGUUAACUGCGGCCAGAGGCCGUGGAAAGUCUGCGGCCCUGGGUUUAGCUAUAGCCGCUGGACUGGCCACAGGGUACUGCAGUAUAUUUGUUACUGCACCGUCGCCUGAAAAUUUGAAAACCCUAUUCGAAUUUAUUAUAAAAGGCCUCGAUGCAAUGAAAUAUGAACAGCAUAGUGAUUACGACGUUGUGCAGAGUACGAAUCCAGAAUUUAAGAAGAGUAUCGUCCGAAUUGUUAUGCAUGUCCAUGAACAACCACGGCAAAUAGUGCAAUACAUCCAUCCACAGGAUUACAAAUAUGCAGCAAAUGCAGAGCUUCUUAUAAUUGACGAAGCAGCAGCCAUCCCUCUACCUUUAGUGAAAAACUUGAUGGGUCCAUUUAUGGUGUUUCUUUCUUCUACGAUUAAUGGGUAUGAGGGCACGGGUCGUUCGCUCAGUCUGAAGCUAAUCGCACAAUUGCGCAAGGACUCGGCUAGUGCCGGUGGCCAAGCAAACUCAGAAACUCUUGGUGGAGCACGAUUCCUUAAGGAAUUCCACCUGGAGGAAAGCAUUCGAUAUAAACCAGGGGAUCAGUGUGAAGCCUGGCUUAAUCAACUGCUGUGCUUGGAUGCUACGACUGAUCGGUAUUUUGGUGCUUCUGUUGGUUCAGGCUGUCCUCCUCCGCAGGACUGCCAGUUGUUCUACGUAAAUCGUGACACACUGUUCAGCUAUCAUAAGGUAUCUGAGGCGUUUCUGCAAGAAUUAGUCGGACUGUAUGUGGCGUCCCAUUAUAAGAAUUCUCCCAACGAUCUUCAGCUCUUGUCGGAUGCCCCCGCACAUCAUCUAUUUGUGCUUUUGGCCCCAGUUGGCAAGAACAGCAAAAGUGAACUACCACAGGUGCUGUGCGUAAUCCAGCUUUGCUACGAAGGUGGUAUUUCUGAAUCAUCAGCGACGUCCCACUUGUCGCGUGACCAGCAGCCUUCUGGUGAUCUCAUCCCCUGGACAGUAGCGCAACAGUUUCAAGAUGCAAAUUUUGCACGAUUGUCCGGCGCACGCAUCGUUCGAAUUGCCACUCACCCCGAUUACCAGUCGAUGGGAUAUGGAAAACAAGCUAUGCAACAGCUGAUCCAAUUUUUUCAGGGCUACCAUCUUAGUCUCUCAGAAGAAAAGGGUGUAGGUUCCGUUGAUCCCGAAGCGCAGAUACUGGACGAACUGACCGAAGCUAGUACUGAUCUCCUGCGCGAACGUAUUGAACCUAGACGUUCACUUCCUCCGCUUUUGCUGAGGCUGGACGAGUUUAAACCCCGCCAGUUGGAUUACGUUGGGGUGUCGUUUGGCCUUACCAACAGUUUGUUCAAGUUCUGGAAGUCACUUGGAUUUUCUCCUGUCUACGUGCGACAAACGGCUAAUGAACUUACAGGCGAGCAUUCGUCGAUCAUGGUGAAGGCGCUUGACGAUAACUCUACCUGGCUAUCUCUUCUAUUCAAAGAUUUUCGGAAGCGCUUUGCUGCCCUUCUCGGAUUCCAGCUUAGUGCUCUCGAUUCGAAAUUAGCGUCAUCAGUAAUCGUGAAUCCGAUCUGCAGAGAAGCGUCUGGCAGUUUGUCCGUGGAAGAUCUAAAUAGGGAAUUCUCAUCAUACGACAUCAAGCGACUUGAGCAAUACUGUAAUAAUUUAGCAGAUCACCAUCUUAUCAUGGACAUGGUACCGGUUUUGGCAAGGUGGUUUUUCCUAGGCCAAAUGGAUACUAACGGGAACGAGACGUUUCACCUGUCUCUUGUACAGCAGUGCAUUUUGCUGGCGGUAGGGCUACAGCAUUGCACUGUCGAAGCAAUUGCAGCCAACCUAGACAUCGAUAGGGUUCAAUGCCUUGGUCUGUUUAACCGAACGAUUCGCAAGUUCCUGACGCGCUUCCAGCGAAUUCUUGAGACUCAGAUUGUUAGCCAAGAGUUCGACACUAAUUCACAUAGUACAGUAAAUAAGGGUGAUGAGCUUCGACCGCUAAGGAAGAGUUUAAAACGCGAACUUGAAGAGGGAGCUGAGGCAAUUCGACGAAAGCAAAAGGAAGACAUCAUUAAGGAGCUUAAUCUGACCCAAUAUGCCAUCAAAGGAACGGAUGAUGAGUGGAAAGCGGCACUGGGAGAGCACGGAAAAAGCCUCAUCUCCAUCAAAAGUUUAAACAAGCGGCCGGAUGACGAUCAGGACGAAGACAUGUGUAAUGAUAUUCCUGGCCUGAAACAAAAGAAAAAAAUGAUGAAAUUCAAUAAGAAAAAGUCUUUGCGAUGAGCGGAGAUCAAUAUAUAGACGGCGACUUCAGCUCGUUACAUGUUUUAAAUCGAUGUGGGCGAAAGCAGGCAGACACAAGGAGGAAGGGGGUCAUUGAGACGGAGACGUAGGAAAGCCUCCGUGAGUGUGUUUCGUCUCAAGCCAACGGAACCAUUUCGAAUCACCGAGGCUGCCGGCACUUAGCAGGCGGAGAGGACCCUGAGUUAGUAACCAAACGCGAAUGAAGUAGCCAAACAUGAAACAGGUUGUGUCCAGUCGGCAGACAGUACACAGUUCUGACCCUCUACUGCUGCUUCUCCUACAUGGACAUGGUCCAUUAAUCGGCACCUGUGCUGUUUAGCUACCUUCGAGUGUCAAUGAACCCUUCCAGUUUUCUCUCUUAUCGUUGUUCACAGCAGAUGUGGUAUUAAAUUAAGAAAAAAACUGAUCAUAAAGCAGGAGCAGAUCACAGGGAAUUUGUUGCAAGCGGACCUUGUGUGAAGGCAUACGAGGCUUUGAUUGUGCUUUAUAUGAUGAUGAUCUGACAACGAUAGAAGUUAUUUUAUAUUAAUUACUGUAUUUAGCUAAUAAUGAUAGUCUUGGCGUAAAAUUUCAACUCGAUUUUAGGCUUAAUGUGUCCACAUCAGCCUCCGUGUAGAUUCUCUAAGAUUGUUAAUUUUUAGCGGAGGAAGAUUCAGCAUGUGGCCUGCCAGAGUGAUAGAGACGGCAGCUUUACCAUGUUGUCAUCACUGAGGACAAAGCUUCUGAUGUCUAUUUUUUCUUUUUUUUACAAUCUUAUUCUGUCUUAGUAGUUCAAAAUAGAUCCACCUAAAAAUCUGCAGUUCUAUCUGACGAAAGCAUUUUUUUUGCACCAACUGAUUGCUUUUCCAGAUAAGA